GCGCCUUGUAGGAACCUCCUCAGCCGCGCUUGUAUAUUGCUGUCUGGUCCUGCCCUUUACUGCCGAUCUCACUCCUGUCACCUGAACUCACUUUGUGGUAUCGAAACCCCAGCUCUAGUCAAGUGGCUCGAAUAGAACAAGAUUGUAGGCAUACAGAAAUCUGCGACCCACCUCAAUUCAAGAUGGAGACCAUGGACUACAGUUUCUAUUCACAUGGACCACAGCAAUAUCAAUACAUGGGAUUCGGCGCAGAUAGCAGUAUCAUGUCGAGUGAUGGGCUCGCAGCGGCGACUAGUUACGAUGCCUUAGAUGUCAGCGCCGUUGCUCUCGGUGCAUACGACUUUGAUGCCUUUGAUAGCUCGAUGACUUCUGCCAUGUCACCGCGUCUACCACACACUGGAUCCGUCUCACCGCCCCAAAGGAUGUCCACGUUUCCGAAUCGAUCUAUGGACAGCGCAAUAGCCAUAGAGAUGGAUCAAGAUCGAAGCCGAAGGAAUAGCAGCGAAGAGAAGGAGAACCUGACGCCUGCGCAAUCACGAAGAAAAGCACAAAAUAGGGCAGCACAACGUGCGUUCCGAGAACGCAAGGAAAGACAUGUUCGAGAUUUGGAGGCCAAGCUGAACCUCCUCACCACUACGACUUCAUCGUUGCAGUCAGAUAAUGAGCGUCUCAAAUUGCUCUUACAACGCGUGCAGACCGAGAACGAGAUCCUCAGAGCGACGGCAUCGCAUUCACCUACCCGGCAUCACCCACCUGGCUUUGUGGAUGAUCCUAGCUUAUUGUCCUCUUCCCGCUCAUCAAAGGCGUCGCGCUCAUCUGAUGAUCUACGCGUCAAUGCCACACGACUUGCGAACGGGCUCUUGUCCACAGAGCCAUCCUCCCCAAGCGCUCAAGAUACACCCUCGAGUGAGACGAACUUGCUCUCAGCUAGCGCAACGUGGGAUUUACUACAGUCACAUCCGCUUUACCGAUUAGGGUCAGUGGAUAUCGGCGAGGUGUGUGAGCGCUUGAAGAAGAUGGCGCGAUGUGAUGGAACAGGGCCCAUGUUUGACGAGGAUGAGGUACGCAAAGUGAUCGAGGAGGUUGGAAGAGGUGGAGCGGAUGAUCGCAAAUGAAGGCUUCCACGAGAUGGCGGUGCCUUUGCGCAGCAGGGCAGAGUCGAAGUACGAUGGCCCAGUGACCAACAUGAAGAAAGUGGAGAAGCACCACAUGCAGAUUGCCAGCCGAGUGGAACUCAGCAAGGAAUACGAACUGAUCAUGGCCAACUUGUAGCCAAAUACUAAUGAGGGAUCCACGGACCCAUAGACAGGCAGUUUCAGAACAGAACUGUACGAAUGAAAGUCAA